AUGUGUGAAAUCUCUAGUGGAGAGAGAUUGAGAGAGUGUGUGUGUGUGUGAGAGAGAGCGAGAGAGAGAGAGCGUGCGCAGAAGGACCGGGGAUGAUGUGUGUUGUGAUGUGGAGUGGAUUUGACCGGCAGUGACCGUGAGGGGGAACCCCGGCGCGUGCAGUUGUGAUUCAAGCCCAUGCUGCCGCCGCCUGACAAGGAGCUGUCCACCCGCUCUGGUGCUGAACUCAACCGCAAGACGCAGUAACGCGCAGCCGCCGCAGGAGCUCAUCCAAGACUCAGCUGUAAAGUAAACAAAAAAAACUCACUGUUUACCUACACAUGUGUUUACAUGCAUGUAUACGGAUCUGAAGCCAGUAAAACACACGGCAGGCAGCAUGAUGAGUGGACUUCCCCCCGCCCGCGGCGUCACUCCGGCGGUCUGAGCCAAAAGCGGCGCACCGGACCGGAACCCAGCGGAGCCUCCGUAGAUGCGGAGAGCGAGAGAGGCUUUCGAUAAGUGAGUGGCGAUUGACGGUUCGUUGUGCGUGGACUGGAGUGCUGCAAGCUCCCUGUCUGACCUCGCGCUUUUGGGGAACACGCGGACCCGCUUGGUGCGCAGACUGAUUCAGACAGCACCUUUGGGCGCACUGGACUUCAGUGAGGUGAAUGCUGACGACACCGUUGAAAUGUUACCAAAAUCAAGAAGAGCUCUUACCAUUCAAGAGAUUGCUGCAUUAGCGCGAUCCUCCCUGCAUGGUAUUUCCCAGGUAGUGAAAGACCAUGUGACCAAGCCCACAGCAAUGGCGCAGGGCAGAGUGGCCCACCUGAUUGAGUGGAAAGGCUGGUGUAAGCCUAUAGACACUCAAGCAGCCCUGGAACCAGACUUCAAUUCUUAUUCUGAUCUUACUGAGGGAGAACAGGAGGCACGAUUUGCUGCUGGUGUGGCAGAGCAGUUCGCUAUCGCAGAGGCGAAGCUGAGAGCCUGGUCCUCUGUGGAUGGUGACGAGUCCAACGAUGACUCAUAUGAUGAAGACUUUCUGCCUGCCAACGAGCCUAGCACACAGAGCACAGAUGUGCCCUCAUAUCCUCCCUACUUGAAGGACCUAAUCCACAGCCAUCUUUGCCAACAUCUAGGUCUACGAGGUCCCUGCUGCGAGGGUGGAAGUGGAAGUGGCGAGGGAGGUGGCAGCGGAGAGCCGUCCCCCACGGCAGGCUCCCCAGAUACCCUGUGCUCCAGCCUCUGCAGCCUGGAUGAGCACCACCCACUGCUGCGUGACCUGGGCGGCCACCAUGGCACCCACUCCCACAGCAAUGUCGCCGAGCUUGCUGCAAAGAUCCUGUCAGCACUGCAGGGAGGGGAGGAGCUGUUGGCCCGACUGCAGAGAGUGGGGCAGAGUGGGCCCGGUGGGGGGGACUGUGUAUUCCACAGCUUGGGCGGAGGUGGGCGGGGCGUUAGGCCCUGCAGGGGUCAGGACUCUCCUUGCUUCUCCAUGUCUUACUCCGAGACGUACCUGUCACCAGGGGAGGACGACGACACCCCCUGCAAGGACUAUGAGAACACCGUGUGCCAGGUGGAGGCAGAGGCAAAUGGGGUGGAGUUCCCGCCGAACUACGACCUACGCCGGAGGGUCUCUGACGUGGCCUCCUCUGGUGUGGUGUCACUUGAUGAAGAGGAUGAAGAAGAGGAAGAUGAAGAGAGGGCAGGAGAACCAAACAACCAAUGACUCCUCUCUUUCCACAUCAGCAUUACAUGCCUCCAAACUGUUACGAGCAUUUUCUUUAUUUUGCAUCAACCACCCUCCGCGGUGUUUUCUUUAAAUUUUAACAAUUGCGCAUGUAUGGUUUUUUUCCUCCUCUGUCUAAAAAUGUAAAUCAUCUUCUUCGUCUUUGCCUUACUUGCAGCAGGUUAAAACUCCUCCUCUCCACCUCAUAACUGCUUCGCCCUCCGCCAGUGUAUCAACACUAAUUUCUUUGAAGGCGUCCAAACAAUCUUUUUUAUCAGUGUGAGAACAGGAGAAAUGGAUCAAUGACGUACUUGUGGUCACAGUUUUUUGGCCCCUCCCUCCUGUGAAAAGUAACUCCAAACAUUGAUGCUGUGUUGCUAGGCAGACAGAACGACCAAGUCCAAAACUCUGACUUUUCUCUUGUGCAUGUGUUUCUCAAGUGCUGACGCCGAUGGGCUGACGAGGUCCCGAGCACGGUUUAUAAUCUCAGCUCUUCUGUGUAACCCACGCCCAUCUCUCCAGCAUCUCCCCCAGUGGGGGGCGGGGGCAGGUUGACCACUGCAUCCUUGGACUUGCCCUUACCUCCUCCACCUCUCCCUCCCUCCCUCCCUCCCCCACUCCUUUGCAAGAGACAAAAUCGCAUCCUUUGGGCAUGGCUUGCUGAGUUUGCCAAAACCGUUUUUUAACCCUGUCACGUCCAAUUAUGAGCAAAUGCUGGAAUGUCUUUACAGUGACAGGGCAUAGUAUGUAUUUUAUGUAAAGUUGAAAAAAAAGAUUUGUCACAAAGGGAAUGAUGGAAUGAUUUUAUUGUACUAGUUUUUUUAUCACCCAAACACAUGUUGUUGUUCUAAUCAUCCUGAGCGUCGUUAUGAUGGACAUCUGCCGUAAUGAUCAGCUAUAGCUACUGGAUACGUUUGAGGUUCUGUGGAUUCCUGUGUGGAAGUCACGAGAACUUUGGUUGUCUUUAAAAAAAAAACAUUACACAACAGCAGCAGCCAACAGUCGACAACAAACACAAAGAGAAUGUUCCUGAAGCAACUCUUCCGCACCACGUGUUUGGCAGGAAGUAGCACAGGUUGAAGCGAGAGAUGAGUUGCAUUGGAGAUUUUCUAUAUUUUUGUAUGCGUUGUCUUGCUUGAUCUCUUUGCCUUUGCGGCGUGCCAGUGUAUGUGGUUUUUUGCACGAAGCUACUGUGGCUGUAGAUUUCUUCUUUUUCUUCGUUAUCACUAUGUGAUAUAGUCUACUGGGAAAAAACGAUUAACCAAUGUGAACACAAACGUUUCUAUGAUUUUAUUUUUCAUUUCAAAAGAGGAUACUGUGAUCUGGUUUGUUAUCGCCAUUUGUCACCAUCCUCAUGAAGAGCUCUUGAUUUUCUUUUGUAAAAAUUAAAAAAAAAUGCUCUUCUUUAUCUUAUUUCUUUUCUCUCAUACUGACUUGUGAAAAAAAAAGCUUUGCCUCUUAAUAUACACCGUUCCCUUUUUUUCUAUGAUGUUUCCAAAAGGGCAUGUUAACAUGACACAUGCAGAAACUUCCAUCUCCAUGGUGAUGUGAGGAACCCCAUUGAGGUUCCCCCAGAGGGACUGUCAUUCAUACAACUCAGGAAAUCCCAUUGGACCAGAGCAUCAACGCAUAACACCACAUGAUCCUCCAUAUUUGUGCGUGUGUGAUUGGUGCAAAAGUUAUUGUCUACAAAUAAUUAAAGCACAGAUGAAUUCCCUGCAUUCUUCUUUCAUGUGGCGUGACUGUGCAGAAAGUGGGUGUGGUCGACGUUCUGUUAUUGUGUGGCUGUAAUGUACGAUGUCAUCAAGCUACUGGAGCUUGCACUGCAUGUGUGUGUCUCAUUCCAAAACCCCUCAGAUGCAGCAAUUCCCUUUAAAAGAGUGUGUGGUGUAGCUGGGCUUUCGUUGGAGGCAGAUUUUUUUUUCCCUGGCACUGGAAAUUAAAAAUAUCAAAGAGAAAAUUCAAAGAUAAAGUAGUUUGAGGCAUUUUUUUAAUUAUGGUAAGGAGGAUAACAUUGCUAAUGGAGAGACUCAGUGACAGUGGCAACUCAGGGGGAACCAUUGAAGCUGUGCCUUUCAUUUGUCACAUUUCACCUCCCAAAUUGUACUGUCAUCAUCAUCAUCAUCAUCACCAUCAUCACAUCCACUCUUCUGUCACUCACAGUCCAAAGCUUGGCCUCCUUCCCCUUCUCUUUUAGCUAGAGAUGUGUAAAAUGCUGCUAACAUGAGUUGGGGCGAGGCCUCCAUGUAUCCUGUUUCGUCUCCUACUUGUGUCUCCUACGUGCGUCUCCUCUGUGCGCCUCCUGUGUGUAUCUCCUACGUGUGUCGCUCAGUGCAGCUGGAGGUUACAGCCCGCCGAUCUCUGUGACUGUCACAGUUGACAUUAAAAGCCGGGCCGAUGCUUUUGUGCAGACCUGCAUGGUGACGUGAGUGCAGCAUCGUUUGUUCCUCUUUUCAUUUAUCAGCUUGCUCUGUCCUCUGUCCUCUGUCCACUGCAUUUUCCCCUGUCUGUCUUGGUGAAUGUUUCCCUGUCCUGUCCCCAGGAAGAGAUGAGUGUGUAAGUUUAUGAAUGAGUGAGAGAAAGAGCGAGAGAAGACGUGUUCCUUGAAGUGACUUACUUAUGAGGAUCAUCCAUUCAUCCAUUCAUUCAUUCAUUCAUUCAUUCCCCACUGUCUAACAUGGAUCCCUUUGUAGAAAUUGCUCUUUGGCCGAGUUCCCCAUCUACUUGGCCUUUUUGAGAACAUCUUGUCCCCAUAGGAACGGAGCAUUUCCCGCUGACACACAAAGACAGCCUGACGAAUGUCUCCCCUCGCCAUCCUUCUCCCUCUGUCCUGUCAUUUUCUGCCUCCUCAUCCUCCCAUGCCCCCCCCCCCCCCCCCUUUUCUCUGCAUCCUUCCCUCUUUUCUCCCAUUCCCUCCCUCGCUCCUCUCUUUCUCGCCUUCCCUCCCUCUAUCCUGACAGUGGGGCACAUUACGUAACCAGGAGGACAUCUGAGUGCUACCUUUGCCGACAGACAAUUAGCCUCAAUUAUAAAAGCGCCUGACGAACAAGAGAUGCGUAUCUCUUUCCUGUCUGCCUCAUUUUCUCAACCCUCCUGUCUUUUUCCCCUUCACUUCCCUUCAUCGCUGCCACAAGCUUUUCUAAGUGGCAUUUUUUGAGGAAACUCUCCACCGUUUGUGGACAGGUGAUAAUAUUUCACAGCACAAUGACAGAUGACAUGUGACAGUCAGACACGCGUGUGUCUGUGGACAGUGUGCUCUGGUUUGUUGCAUCAAGCUAGCGGCGAUCCAAGGGAGUUUCGGGGGCCCCAGGUAAAAAAAGGGUCCUGGGCGGCUUCAACUAAAGGCUCAUUUCCACCAAUCCAAAUGGUACAGUUUAAAGUGUAUGGGUCAGAUGGUGAUAGCUACGUCAGCCAUGUUAGUAGCCUGAUGUCAAUGUGACACAGUGUUGCCCGUUAAUGAAUUCCGCAAAGAACAAUGCGACACAGCAAACACUUACUAUUUCCACCCUUUAGGAGCUGGUUCACAACUGAGACUUUAGAUCAUUUAUACUCUUCAUAAUGUUUUACAAUGAAAAUGCAAAAAACGACAGCAAAUACAGUAAUAGUUCAUGCAUUAAUAGUUUAUACAGAAGUUGACUGGUGUCAAGUAACUGUUGCUGGUAUUUAAAUGAUUAUUUUCAUUUUUGUGCAGUCUGGAAAAAACAUGGAAAAUUGGAUUUGCACAUUUUGUUGUUGGUAAAGAGUUUGUCAUUCACAUAUGACAUGUGUGAUGUUUAAAGGAGCUGGUGAAUAUUUGAAAACCAGGACUUUAAAUCCAGGACUGCUGGAAGGAGAAGUUCAGAAAAGUCCAGAUUAACUUUUGUGAAUAUUUUUGUUCUGACAUACAGUUACCGUGUACAACUUCAAGAACAUAUAUGGGCUUCAGUGCAGGUCUGAAAGCAGCUUUCAGUACUGAGAUCUGGGGCCCCAAGCAACUGCCUGCUAAGCCUACCAUACUGCCAUGCCCUUGGACACUUAUCAAGUGACCCAGAUUGUGUGUGUGUUAGUCUCGUUGUGUGAUAGUGACGGAAGCACCCAGUGCUAUGAAAAGACAUCAAAACAUCUGGUGGACAUUAUCAAGGCAGGAGGAUGGGUGCAUGAAUAUUCAACUGGUGGUGAUGCGCCCCGUCAUCACAUGGCCUACUUUCCAUUUUAGAACAAAGCUGCAGGGUCCAGGCCAGAGACCAGUCCUGCAGACCUCCAGCAGUGAAUAUUGGGAGCUAACCUGUAAUAAUAGCCUAGACAGAUGCCUCAGUUCCACAUAUCUCUGUGUCCAAUUUGCGAGACAACCUAUUUAAUUUUUGUGCUGAAAUGUGCCUCUUGUAAGUUGAAAAAGUCACAUUUUGCAGAAAAAAACCAAGUAAACAGAAAACAAACUUUAUAAUGGUUACAACUAAAUAAAUGAAGUGCAUUCAAAUUAAGAAAGCAAGUUGUCAACAUCUCCUUGCUAAAGUUAGUUUGAGUGAACUUGCCUGUCAACCAUUUUCUUUUUCAAUGUGUGUGAUUAUAUAAUUAAAUAAAGACUUUGUCAGCUAGUUGAACACA